ACUUCACGCACUUGUGAGUUAAAGAAAGUUACUGAUUAAAUAAUUUUCGUAGUCAUUUUGUGGUUCAGGCUGAACGUAAUUGAGAAUUAGUGCAUGUUCGAGUAACUGCACCGUCUCUAUCAAGCAAUCAGUUUGGAACACAAAUAACAUCGGAAGUAUCUGCGAACAUUACAGUUAUUCCAAAGGCCGACAGUUGGUACAUGGGUACCGUAUUUUCAUUUUUAUGUGCACUUAUUACCUUCUUCUUCUGUGUUACUGAUCGUGAAACAGAAAAGUAUUUCUCAGGUUUAUCAUCAAAAACAGCAUACCGCUUUUGUGGCUUAAAAUCCUAUAGUAAUGAAGUCCCUGAUGAUUUUAAACGAUGUUCCUUGGUACAUGUUAAUGCGUUAUUCAGACAUGGAACUAGAACACCGAAUGCGAAAUCCAUCAUCGCUUUUGCUGAUGUUUACAAUCGCUUAAAGAAAAGCUAUCAAAAUGGAUCUCCGAUCCCCCAUGAGCUUUUCGCACAUCCAGUACCAUUCCAAGGUUCUGCCGUAAAAGAACUUUUACCUACAGGAUUCGAAGAACACGAUGGUUUGGGUCGACGUUUUCGUAAACGUAUGAAACAGUAUUUCAGCUUUACAGAUGAUAAUGUUCAUAUAUACUCUAGCUCGUUAAAUCGUUGUAUUGCUAGUGGAAGAGCAUUUUAUAAUGGUUUGAUAAAUGGACCACAAAUUCAGCCAAUAUGGAAUCGUACCAUGUAUUGUGGUGAUGAAGAAUUUCCGAAAAGUUGUUUACUCAAUGAACCAAUCGAUAAUUCCACUCAUCAAAAGAAUAUCACCAUUAAUGAUGAACUGUUGAGAUUUUUUGCCCAGUGUAAAAAUUAUAUUGAAAAAAUUGAAAAAAAUAAAACAGCAUCUAUAGAAUAUUAUCGAUUUUUAAAGUCAAGUUAUGUCAAUAUCUCCUAUGAAAAGUUUUUACAACGAUAUAAACUUAACAAAGAAGACUAUACACCAGAUGAUGUUAGAACGAUAUUUUUGGCAUGUUCAUACGAAGUUGCUACAAUGAAUGAUUAUGAUCCUGUCUCUCCUUGGUGCAGUUUACUGACACCAUCUGAUUUUCCAAUUUGGGAAUAUUCAGCAGACUUAAAGCAUUACUGGCUUAAGUCAUAUGGUUAUGAUUUGAAUUAUGUGCAAUCAUGUCCGUUGCUUGGUGAAAUUUUAAAACAGAUUACAGAAGUUGUUUAUGAUUUCAUAGAUGGAGGUUUUAAUCAGUCUAAUCCAUCAUUGCACCGUGGAAGCUUUUGGUUUGGACAUGCAGAGACAGUAUUGCCUAUAGUUGCUGCCUUAGGUAUAUUCAAUGAGUCUGUUGGUCAUUCCUCUCCGCACAAAUUGACAGCAGAUAAUUUCAAUGAAAGAUUAAAAAUGAUUGAAUCAGAUGAUCAAUCACCAACAAUGUUUCGUACAAGUUAUGUGACCCCAUUCGCUGGUAAUAUAGCCUUUAUGGUGUAUUAUUGUCCUGAUUUAGAAAUCCGAUUGGUUGGAUAUAGACUUUCUGAGUAAUUGCAUAUUUCUCUUGUUGCCAAGUGGUCAGUCGAUUGAUUGAACAAUUCAGGUCAGAGAACACAACACCAUCAAAACCAUCUUCCUUACCUACAAAUAUUCGCCAUCAAUAUGACAUUACUCCUAUUUAAUAAAGUCUUCGUUCUUGUUCUAUACACUUGUUCUGUGUAUGCUUCUGAGAAGUGUGGCAACUUGAACUGAUGCACUUCCGUACUAGUUUCCAUGUUGAUUUUUCUGUCUCUCCUCUCAAACUUCUCUUCUCUUCAUGUAUUGUAUUCCAAUUAUUCCCCUACUUGUUAUCUAUCAAAAGACAUUUAUUAGAUGAGAAACGAUUUUAACUAAAACUCAUGUAAUCAGUCGCUAAUCUCAUUUUGUAUAAUCCUAAGUGCUAACCGAAUCCUAUCUGUUAAGUCUACAAUUUUUCGAUUGGAACGAAGAAAGAUUUAAAAAGUAGUUUUUCUGGUUCAUAAAUUUACCAGUGUUUGUUAACCAAAAUGGAGAGUAACAACCUGCUCAUUUUAAUGUGAAUGUUUCUUUGUUUAAAAAAUAUGUUAAUGCAUUCAUUAUCUCUAUUUUGAACAGUGUAGACUGAUCAUUAGUUGAGUGAAUGCACUGAAACCAAGUCCGGAGUGAAUCUGAAUGCCCAGUAAUGAUAAUGGAUGACUGUCACACCAUAUCACAGAUUGACAGAACUAGAAGAGAGUGGAUCAUUAGAUUCCAACCCACUGUCAAACUUGAUGGUCAUUGACUUGAUCCCCUGUGGAGUCAUAGGUAUGCUCUACUGAGUAAUCCCAAAGUAGACUAAAAUAGCUGUCUAGUGCUUCUAAGUUUCCCAGUGACAGACAGACACGGACAGAUAAAUACAUAAAAUCAAUGUAAAACUUCGUAUACAGGUGCGUCGGCUGAAUUUGUCACACUUCACGGUCGUAAACAGUAAACAAGUAGAUAGAAUAAGAAGUGAUACACCAUCAAAGUGGACAAAGUUGGGUGACAAUAAACAACUUGAAAAUAACGGAAGGCGUCACAGAAUGAAUAUAUCUGCGCUAUUGUGACCAAUUUCCAGCCAUGUCUCCAAGAGUCUUCAACCACUGAUUUCUAUCAUCUCGGGGACCCUAACCAAGCGGUUUACAUCUCCCCACAUGGCUCAGACCAACAGUCAGGAACUUCACCGACUGGUAGCAGGUAUUGGUCUGGCCACCCUGUGACCUCUUUCAACCUAGUCCAACUUCCCUUAGCAUACGACGUCGUGGUAGGCGGUGGAUCGGCAUGCGCAGUGCAUGUCUAAGCCAUCUCAGUCGAUGAAGGUUCACACUCUCAUCAAUCGACUUGGCUAUCUUGCCUAGUACUGUUUGCCUGACCCUUAAUGAUUCUCCAAGUAAGUAGUGUCUAUCUGUGAUGAAAGUUACUCUGCCACUUAAUUUGAACUAGUUUUUCUGUUCAUGUAAUCGAAUAGGAAUGCAUGAGAAACUUUGUAACUUAUGUUUUGAAGUGGUGAAAAAAUUCCUCUUUUUGUUUAACUGCUUCUUAUAUCUAAUGAGGCUAAAAUGCAAUGCUGAAUAAUCCAUUAAUGAAAUCUGUGACUGUAGCAUUGAGUGAUCCCUGUUCUAGUCUGGGAAAACCUAUAUGAAUCUUACAGGAAAGUGAUAAUACAUUUUACUGAUGAUCGUCAGCAACCAUGAAAGAUGUGUACAGUUAACAUACAACUUAUGUUCCCUUCUUAACGUUCGAACUACUGUCACUCAUCGUUACACUUAGGUGUUUAAUAGUAAGCUAUUCUAACUGCAUCUAGCUUCUUGGAUAAUUGAAUCAAGUACGCAGUUAAACUAACUGUCAGAUGUAUGUCCGGUAAUACAUGAAAACAGGCAAUCUACCUUUUUCUAUUUAACUGACAACUGACUCUUUCUUUUCUCAUAUUCCUAUGGUUUCUUGUAGAUGUAACCGAAAAUUGGAUAAAUUUCGUAUUGAAAUACUAAUUAAUGAGAAAACAAUCGCAUGGCCAUUAGCUAGUCUCAUUCAACCACCUACAUCAGAUGAACCAGGUGAAACAAACGCUCCACUAUCAAUUGUAUUAAAACAUUUUAAUAGUUGUAUGCCUGAUGUUUACGAUAAUAAUAAAGUAUGUUUGCUUAAAAAGGCAUAAACUGGACUGUACAAGUUCUUCUUCUUAACAUACACUAAUUAUGGAAUUUAAAGUACAUUCAACUGAAACAGCUAACAGAAGAAACUUAUUAUCCUUUUCUUUUUAAUCACCUUUUUGUUUAUUACUGUACUAUUGUCUAUUUACUUAUUUAUUUUUAUAAGGAGAUGAAACUGUUUUUGAUGCUCUAGUAUGUGUGGUUGUGUGUGUGUGUAUAUCCUUUUAUUUAAAUAGGUGCGAUGCGACUAAAGAUCUUGUAAGUAACAAAUUCUACUAGGAACUGGUGAUUUUAUUCUCUCAUCAACUAUUUUGUUUCUACUUUCGAUUCAUUGAUGCUUUUAAAAACCUUUAUUUUGCAAAAAAAACUCCUUUCUCGUCAAGUGACCCUUCCACAUUUUUUAUUACCUUAAUAAUCCUCUAAUUAUCAUCAGCUUAGAUAUUUUGUCCGUUUGACAGUGAUUUUAAAACGUGAAUAUCCUUCGUUCUUUUUCGUUCGGAGUUAAUUUAGUUAUCUUAUUCAAACUAUUAUUCAACACUUUUACGAGAUUGUAUUUCUGAUUAUAUGAGUUACCGUUUUCGACUUGUACGGGUACCGGAAAGCCAAACAUACUGGUAUUGCUGUGUGUGUAUCUGAAAUGCUACGAACCUAUCAGUUAGCUGAAGUUUUCUUUUAUGAUUUGGGAUUUUUGUUUCUGAAUUGAGGAUCGUGAAAGUGAUCAUCUUCUUCGUAAAAUGAGUGGUAAUUGGGUCAGAGUUCAACAAAAAGUGUCCAAUUAUUCACAUCAUCUUAGGUUGUAAAUCUGCACCACCCAGUGGUCAUAUCUUAGACUUUACCAUGAAGCUGUUCACUCUUUGAAUGAUCUAUGAUAUAACUGAACUAAUUGGAACUUAGAAGAAAGAGUUUGAAGUGAAUAUCUAUUUUCGGUAAAUUCUCGUAAGGCUUUACAUUUAUAUUUAUAAAUUAUUCAGCAUAGUCACUUGAUACCAACAUGAUUAGAUUUUUUUCGGGUGUAUGAAUUAGAAGAUAAGAUUGACAAAACCUCACCAUUUACUACUAUUUACAAAGUUUCAUCACAAUACUCUAAGUUUAUGCACCUCCGACUGCUAAGCAUAGCAGAAGCCAUAUCAUUUAAAAUUUUAAAACUUAAUUUAUACAUUCGGAAAGACAUUUGUUUGUUCCCUUUUCCUCUUAUGGUCUUCAACUUCAAUCCAGAUACAAUUACAGUAAUUUUCUUCUCGGUCACCUGGAUAAAUGUAAAUAUUAUCUCUGUUUAUACUCUUACCAUGAUCAUUUUUAUUUUUCGCCCUUAGUUUCAUGACUGAUUAAGAAUUUUAUCAUGUAAUCGCUAUGAGACAUUGAUUUUAUUUCCCUCUAUCCCGGUACACGCACAAUUCACUCAUACACCUACAAAGAUUGACUACUGAGUAUAUAUGAUCUUUUCGAGAAUUUGUUGUUUUAUUAUCACCUUUACUAUUAUCUCCUUCUAAUUGAUAUCCCCGAAUUAAUCUAAUCAUGUUGGUAUCAAAUGUAGACUAUGCUGAGUAAUUUGUAAAUGUAAACCCUGAUGAAAAUUGACCGAAAAUAUGUAUUCCCUUC